GCUUCAAUCCUGCUCGUGCUGAAGGUUUUAGGCAUAGUAACUCUCGACUAAACUUUGUCAGUGAUGCUGCUAAGCUUUACUGGCCGUCUUAUUGGGAUUAAACAUAUACUGAAAUGCAUUCUGCUCAAUAUAUGAUAGGUCAGGUCGUAGUCGUGGAACAUCUAUGCCCCGUUACAUGGGACGAUGCCCAAGAGGGAGCAAUUUGGCUAGGAAACGUGCAUAAUAAUCCAGCGACUUAGGCUUCGAGCAUAUAGCGCACUAUUUUAUACUAAUGAUGAUUAUUGCAGAAAAAGCGGGGUGGAUGCUCAGUGGCUGUUGUGCAGUAUUUCUCCAUUUCUGCAUACGUUUUAAGUGAGGCCGUUCAAAGUACUUGUAGAAAUAAACCCUCCCUUGAACUUGCGUGACUCUUCAGAUUGGAGUCUCAUGUACGAUACAAUGACCCAGAGAGAUGAAAAAGAACAAUCUGCUUCCGGUAGCAGUAGUCCUCUCGAAACCAUGGAGAGACGCCCGGACGUUGGAAGUUCUACCUUUAAUGCCAUCGUUGUUGACUGGAAUGGACCAGAUGACCCAGAAUGUCCUCGACACUGGCCAAAGAGUCGGAAAUGGCUCAAUGUGCUUCUGAUCUCUCUCCAAGGAACUCUGUCCCCGAUCGCAUCAACUAUUCUAACUCUAGGUGUAUUCGACAUCGCAACCGAGUUCCGUCUAACGAGCCCAUAUACCCCAGCCCUCCCCAUCGCCUUCUACCUCGUGGGUCUCGCACUAGGGCCCCUAGGCGUAGCGCCAUGCUCGGAAAUAUUUGGCCGUCGCCCCAUCUACACCAUCUGCUUUGCCAUCUUCACCCUCCUCAACAUCGGCUGUGCAUUGGUGCAUAACAUGGCCGGACUGGUUGUUCUACGCUUUCUAGCGGGCGUGGCUGGCUCCGCAGGGCCUAGCCUAGGCGGCAGCAGCAUCGGGGAUCUGUUUUCUCACGAGGAACGAGGCAAAGCUCAAGCGGUGUAUGGCUUGGGACCUAUAUGUGGUCCGGUUCUUGGAGGUGUUCUUGGAGGGUUUAUUGCGUACGGCACGCAUGGCUGGCGAUGGAUGAUGUGGGUGGUCGCUAUAGCCGCUGGUGUCGUUACCAGUCUCGCUGUUCUCUUCCAGAAAGAAACAUAUGCGCCGGUCCUGCUGCAACGUCGGAAGAGAGCCCUGGAAAAGGCGAAUCCGGGGGUCACGUACCGGUUUGAAGUGGGCUCACAUGCAUCUCAGGUCUUCCGACAAUCUAUCCUGCGUCCCCUCCGCCUUCUCUUCUUUUCACCGAUAUGCACGUUCAUGAGUCUCUACCUAGCAUUAGUAUUUGGCCUCCUCUACCUCCACAUGGUAACGAUCACCCUCCUCUUCGCCUCUCAACCCAAAUACAACCUCCACAGCUACAACUGGACACACGGCACAACCGGCCUGGCGUUUCUCGGCGCCGGUCUCGGCGCAUUCGCCGGCGUCGCAUUCUGCAUGAAAUACUCCAACCCGUCAUACCGAUACUUCGCUACCCGCUACGAGCAAAAGACCGGAAAGGCAACCCGCAUGCCCGAAUUCCGUCUACCGUUUAUGCAAGUCGGCAUGCUGAUCGUGCCCAUUGGUCUACUGAUUUUUGGAUGGACUGCAGAAUAUCACGUCCAUUGGAUUGUGACGCUCGUGGGCGCUGCUAUUCUGGGAUUGGGCAUGGUCACGGCGUAUAUCUGUGUGCAGUCGUAUUUGGUCGAUGCGUUUGAGGUGUAUGCGGCUAGUGCACUUGCUGCUGCGGUGGUGGCGAGGUUUAUUGUUGCGGCGGUGUUUUCGGUGGUUGGGUUUCAAUUGUAUCGAAGAUUGGGGUAUGGGUGGGGAUCGACGCUGUUGGCGUUCAUUUGUUUGGUGGCUGUUCCGAUCCCGUUCUUGUUGGGUCGGUAUGGACCUAGAUUGCGUCGGAUGGGGACUGAGAUGGUCUAAAUGGCGACGCCUGUUGAAUGAUUUUAUAGUAGCAGAAGGGAUGUCAAUCCAGAGCUUUGG